CCGAGCUGACCCGGCUGCGGCGUGUAGGAACAGCCACAGCCCCCAUCGUAGGCACGCGCCGGCUAUAACAGGCGCCGCGAGCCGCAGAUCCAGCAGUCAACCGGCAACUCACCGCCAGACCCAGCGAGCGCCACUCGCCUCCGACACCAGAGCUGCUCACAGCGGAGAUAGCACGCAGCGCCUCGCCCGCCUCAGGCUAACUCGCUCCCGGCUUUGGUUGGACAUGGAAACCCGCUCGAGGACACGGAGCUCCAGGAGCAGGAGCUCCACCGCUCGCAACUUCAAAACGCAGCAGUCGCGGGUCGUCGAGUGCAGAGACCGGGCGACACAGACCGCGGCUUCCGCGGAGCACCGGCAGCGCGUGUGCCCGCGCGCACGGUCAAUGAGGCGCGACCGCGAGCCCGAAAUGAGAGCCUGCCCCCGGCUCUGCGUGUGCUACCCCUCUCCCAUGACGGUCAGCUGCCAGUCCCAGAACUUCACCACUGUGCCGGCCGGCAUCCCCUUCGACUCCCAGAGAGUCUUCCUGCAGAAUAACCGCAUUACCGAGCUGCGCUCCGACUCCUUCGGCUUCGAGACACAGGUCCUGUGGCUGUACUCCAACAACAUCACCUCCAUCGAGGCCGGCGCCUUCAGCGAGCUCCGCGAGCUGGAGGAGCUGGACCUGGGGGACAACCCUUACCUGCGCUGGCUGGACGGAGGCGCCUUCCGGGGCCUGGAGCGGCUGCAGAGCCUGCACAUGCACCGCUGCCGGCUCUCCGUGCUGCCCCACGACAUCUUCCACAAGCUCUACAGCCUGCAGUUCCUCUACCUGCAGGAGAACCAGCUGCACCUCCUGCAGGACGACCUCUUCUCCGACCUGGUCAACCUCACCCACCUCUUCCUGCACGGCAACCGCAUCCGCACGCUGUCCGAGAACGUCUUCCGGGGCCUGGUCAACCUGGACCGCCUGCUGCUGCACGAAAACCGGAUCAGGCAGGUGAACAGGAAGGCGUUCCGGGACCUGGGAAGGCUGACCAUGCUGUUCCUGUUCAACAACUCCCUCUCGGAGCUCCCGGGACAGGUCCUGCGGGACACCGCCUCCAUCCAGUUCCUCAGGCUGAACGGCAACCCCUGGUCCUGCGGCUGCGAGGCCCGAUCCCUGUGGGAGUGGUUCCGCAAAUCCCGGGUGUCCAGCUCCGAGCUGGUGUGCUCCUCCCCUUCCCUGAGGCGCGGCGUGGAUCUCCGGUUCCUCCGGGAGAUGGAUUUCGCCACUUGCCCGCUGCCCGAUCCGGGCUCCUUGGCCGGUACCACCACCACUACCUUCAGCACCAAGACCCGCUGGUGGUUCUCCAAGGCCAAACCGGUCUCCAGCUCCAAGGGGAUCUUCGGGAAGAGCUCGGAGACGGUCAAGGCCUUCCCCUUCUCCUCCAACAAGCCCCACAACUCCCUGCCUCCCUCCUCCUCCUCGUCCACCUCUUUCUCGUCCUCCAAGUACGAGAUCGGGGAGGAGGAGGUCGCGCUGCCCAAGCUGGACGCGGAGGAGUACUGGGCCAACUACGGCAACGAGGACGCCUCCUCCGUCCGCUGCUUUGAGCUCGAAUGCCCACCCGGGUUCGAUGUCUCUGAUCCCUCCUCCUCAUCGCCCCCAUCCCUGCCCCACCCCGCCCGCCUGUACCCCCUCGCCCUGGCCUUGCUUGCCCUCUCCCUCCACCUGCUCUUCGGCUGAACACCCCUCUUUGCCCCCACGUCCCACGAGAAACAUCUCCUGCCUGCCUAUUUACCCUGAAACUGCCCCACUCCUCUAAACUCUGACCCACUCCACUCCUGCUCUUUACUUGUCUCUUGCCCGUUCGAGGGCCUUCGAACCCUGAGACCGGAGUGUCUGUGUGUUACCCGAGUCUUUUGGAGUGCGGGCGGAUAGGCGGAGGGCGUCUAGCGUAGUAGGGUACUGUUGACACCUCUGCCGUUUUACGCUACCGACAAGGCCGAUUACGGCUGCCUCUGGCACGAACGCAGACACCGUUAAUACUGCUGCUGCUGCCGCCGCUACAGCUGACUUACAAACCGCUGUCGCUAGCACUGCAACUAC